AUGAGCUUUCACGCAGGGCGAUGGGGUGUCAUUUUGGACGCUGGGUCGUCUGGAACCCGCCUACAUAUUUACCGAUGGGAAGAUCCUGCAAAGGUCAUCAAGGACGCAGACUACGAAGAGUUGCAUAGCCUACCUAAGAUAAAGACCAAGAAGAAGUGGACCAAGAAGCUUCGUCCUGGGGUUUCGACCUUCGGCGACCACCCCGAGGACGUCGGCACGGAACACCUACAGCCACUGAUCAGUCAUGCUCUCGACGUUAUCCCGGAAAGCAAACAUGCCGAUACUCCCAUCUUUUUGAUGGCCACAGCUGGGAUGCGGUUACUGCCAGACCUGCAAAGAGAAGCCGUGCUCAACCAAAUUUGCUCCUACUUCCGCGAGAACACCCAGUUUGCCCUCCCCGACUGCAAUCUGCAUAUCCAGGUCAUCAAGGGCGAGACCGAAGGGUUGUACGGAUGGAUCGCCGCGAACUACCUUCUGGGAGGGUUCGAUGAUCCUCAAGGACACAGCCACGGCAAGAACCACCACACCUACGGCUUUCUCGAUAUGGGAGGCGCAUCAGCACAGAUAGCAUUUGCGCCGAAUGCUACCGAAGCCGAGAAACACCAAGACGACCUAAAGUUAGUCCGGAUGCGCACCAUGAAUGGCGAACCUACCGAGUAUCGAGUAUUCACCAAGACCUGGCUCAGAUAUGGAGUAAACCAGGCUCGGGAGCGCUACGUGCUGGACCUCAUCGACUCGUAUCUGGUUGCCGGCGAGCACGAAGUCCCCGAUCCUUGUAUGCCGCUCGGACUGCGGACAACGGAGAUGGGUGAAGUUGUGCACGGAAAAUCGAGCGAGCUGCAGCUGGUCGGCACUGGCGAUUUCCAGGAGUGCCUCAGGCGAACAAAGCCAAUUCUCGGAGACGAAAAGCCGUGCGAAACGGAAUCUUGCUUGCUAAACGGUCACCACUAUCCUGAGAUCGAUUUUGACGUUAAUCAUUUUGUCGGAGUGUCGGAAUACUGGCAUACAACCCACGGUGUAUUUGCCGACAAGGGCGAGAAGGUGUAUGAUUAUAAUACGUACCAGAAGAAGGUGGAAGGAUUUUGCAGCCAGAAUUGGCGCGACAUCGAAUCUACCAUCGAAAGCCGGAAAAAGGAUCACGCGAAAGAUGCGCAAGAGGCAUGCUUCAAAGCCUCUUGGUUUAUCAGCAUGCUACACGACGGUAUAGGAAUUCCGCGAGUAGGCAUUGAACAAACCCUUACACCCGAUAUCAACAUUACCAAGGGAAUUGGCGAAGCCGCAAAGGAGAAGGGGUUCCUUGAGCCGUUCCAGGCCGUUGAUAAGAUCGACGACAUCGAGGUGAGCUGGACUCUGGGGAAGAUGUUGCUAUACGCGGCUGGUCAGGUUCCACCACAACAAAAUGCGGAACAUCUACCGGUUGGGUUCGGGAGCAAUGUCAAGGGUGUCCCCGGCGACUUCCAGCAUGCUGGAUCCAACUGGACCAACAUUCCAUACGACGGCGACUACGACGACUGGGCGGAAGAUCUCACCGAAGACCUGGUGGACCACGUCAAAUCCAAAUCGGGUUCAGGAUUUGCCCUUUUUAUCCUCAUACUUCUCUUCGUUGCAUAUAUAUUUCGAAAGCGGGACAGGAGGAUGCGUCUGUACACAAAAGUUAAUAGCAUCUUCCGUCACCACCACCACCGCCGGCCUGGAGGCUCGCGGAAAGGAGGCCGCGGGCUGUCAUUGCUCACCAGCAAGUUCUUCGGCCGUGGCUCCCAUCAGUACGAACGGGUAUUGGAAGCAGGAGACGCUGCUCAGUUCGAGUUGGGUGACGUGGAUUCAGAUGAGGGCGAUUACUCGGACAGCAGCGGCGGCUCUCGGGUUGGACGGACUUCCGGUUUGGCCACGCCCAAACUCAAUAUCGAAUCAUUCGACGACCUGACGAAAUCUGCACACCCUGGCAGCGCCAUCGAUCGCAGCGGGCUGGUGGUGAGGACAGAGAGUCGAGAGAGACUUGUGCCGCAAAUGCUGAGUGCUGGCAAGAGGAGUCGAGCAGGCAGCCCAACAAGGAUGAAGAGUCCAUUAAUGAGUCCUCUCAGUGAGGAUUGA